AUGCUUUGCUGGGUAAAGAUUGGCGACGAGACGUUCAUCAUUGCGGCUCUCAUGGCGAUGCGGCACCCCAAGUCGACGGUACUCUCUGGUGCGCUGUCGGCGCUGGUUGUCAUGACGGUACUAUCAACUGGGCUUGGCAGGAUCGUUCCGAACUUGAUAUCGAGGAAGCACACUAACAGCGCAGCAACUGUCCUUUACGCGUUCUUUGGGCUGCGACUGCUUUACAUUGCUUGGAGAUCAGAUUCUAGGGCGUCACAGAACAAGGAAAUAGAAGAAGUACAGGAAAAGCUGGAAGCAGGUCAAGGGAAAUCAACAUUUAGACGUGUCUUCUCAAGGUUAUGUACUCCUAUUUUCUUGGAGUCAUUUGUGUUGACCUUCCUGGCUGAGUGGGGCGACCGAAGUCAGAUAGCCACAAUUGCACUGGCUACGCACAAGAAUGCUGUAGGUGUUGCCAUUGGAGCAACCUUGGGGCACACCAUCUGCACAUCAUUCGCAGUGGUGGGCGGCAGUAUGCUUGCGUCGAGGAUAUCGCAAGGCACCGUAGCCACCAUUGGAGGCCUCCUCUUCCUUGGCUUCUCUGUAUCAUCAUACUUCUACCCACCAUUGUAA